AUGUCACACCCCGACUCCGGUACCAGUGGAUCACACAACUCCCAACCACGGGGACCACCCCUAGGAUUCAAGGAUACUAAGGUCGAAGAGAAUACGUUCAAAUGUGUUAUUUGCGGAUACGAGCGUUCCACUGCGAACUUGAACCCUACCAAGAAGAACGUAUGCGACUGGUGUUGCUGGGGAUGGGAUGGGGACAACGACAUCCCCCUGGAAGAUGCACCAGCCAAUUGUUAUGGACUUCUACACGACAAAUGCCCGACGUUGAUACAACAACAAAUCUUCACCACCUCGAAAACCUUUUGUGGCAACUGCCUCAAACUACUGGAUCCGCAACCAUCUGACGCGUGGACUGGCUACAAUGUUGCCACUGGAUCCGGUCAUAGGGGCUCUGUGCCAGGUUUCUCGACGCCUGUCACCCCGGAAUUUGAACACGGUGCCCUUGGAGGAGCUGCGGCGAGCUCGACAUCGCUUUCACCCGCAGCCCCAGGCCGCAAGCUCGUCGACGCAGGGAUUUUCCACAAAGAGGCGAUGCUUUGCCUGCCGGAAUGA